AUGUCCCUCGUUCGCUUUCAUUCAUUUUGCCGGCGAGUGGCGUCAACUCCGUUACUCUAUGCCGCCACGUGGACGGUUAUCUUAAUUAUUACCGUGGUGUUGGCGUCGUUGGCUCCCGGCGUGGCCUUUGUGAUGGCGGUAUCUCCAUCUUCAUCGCCCUCAAAGCCUUGCCAAUAUCAUGGUGUUGGCUUUGUUAGGAUUCCUUUGGAUUUUCCGAGAGAGAUGGUGUGCUUGCCAGAACAUGCGGUGAUGAACAGGUCCCACUUUGAUUUCUUCUUGCCAACGUUGUUUGCGGCUUUGGUUGUUGCUGCUUCAACUUGCCUGCUUCGUUCUGUGGCCUGUGCGUGA